UUUAAACCAGAAGAAAUAACAGCCAUAAUGAAUGACUUUGCGGAACCUGGAACACUUGCUCCAACUGGUUUACAUCUAGGGGGAACAAAGUAUAUGGUGAUUCAAGGAGAGGCAGGAGCUGUUAUACGAGGCAAAAAGGGUCCUGGUGGUAUCACCGUUAAGAAGACCAACCAGGCUUUGAUCAUUGGAAUAUAUAACGAGCCGAUGACUCCUGGACAGUGCAAUAUGAUUGUCGAAAGGCUGGGUGACUAUCUCAUUGAGCAAGGUCUCUAGGCAUACUAGUAGUGUAUUGAUAUCCUACAUAAUUGAGGCCGUCAAGAAAUCUUGUGUGUUCUACAGGGAGAGUUUGAUCUCUUAUGUGUAUCAGCUAUGCUGUCAUUGUAACUUUUUUCUUUGCGUUUCGUCGUGAACUUUUGUCAUUGACCUAUUGGUUGAUUAUAUAUAAUGGAAUGGCUUAUACUUGAAUA